AUGACGUCAUUCCCUCCUAGCGCCUUCCAGUCGUCCCUCGCCCUCCUCUCGCUCCUUACCCUCAUCGCCCUCCUCCGCGUGUGUUUUGAGGCGACUCAGAUCGCCCUCCCACGCCAGGCGGAAGCCGUCUACACCGAUCCGCCGCCGCCGCCGAUCCCCGAGGGGUGUGUCGCGGUGGCGGAAGCCGACCGGGAAGCCGUGCGCGCGGUGUUCGCGGCGCUUCCCGAGGGGAUUUUAUUCUGGGACGACGGCAGGUCGCGGCUCAAGAUGCUCGACGGACACGGCAAUAUCAAUGCCACGUACUGCUGCGUCAUGCCCAGACCCAUGCUGGACGAGUCGUCGUGGACCCACGUCUCGUGUCCAAUCGAGUGCACGCCUGCCGGCCGCGUCACGCGCAUCUACUCCGACCCGAGACGCGAGGACAUGCCCGAGCCCCGCGGGGGCGGAGGGAGCUGCCCGCCCGGCGCGCUGUCGCCCGCCAUUGGCGGCCUCGCGGGGCUCUUGUCGCUGGUUUUCCGCCUCUCGUGCCUCGCCGGCAACCUGCCGGACUCCGUCACGCGCCUCCAGAAGCUGACGGAAAUCGUCAUGCCCGAAAACAACUUCUCCGGGCCCAUUCCGCCGGGCCUCUUCCGCUUGCCCGCGCUACGCCACGUGGAUCUGAGCACACUCAAUGAAUUCCCGGAAUCUCAAAGCGACAUGGGCCCACCCACUAGACCAGAAGGACUAGUCGGCCUGUCUGGGUCCCUUCCCGACGGGCCCGACGCGUACUCUUCGUCGUUGGAAACGGUAAUCCUGUCCGGCAACGCGCUCUCGGGGGAGCUUCCGCGCGCCCUUCUCCGCGCGCCCGCGCUGCUCCGGUUGGACCUGCAGAGCAACAACAUCACGGGGGAACUCCCGGGGGAGCCGGGCGCGUAUUCGCGGAGCAUUACCGCGCUCAUCCUGCGCAACAACAGCCUGUCCGGCGCCAUUCCUCCCGCGCUGGCGGAGAUGGCGGCGCUGCGGAAACUCGACCUGGGGGAGAACCGUCUGUCCGGCGCGGUGCCCGCGGCGCUGCUCGACUCCGAGUCGCUCAAGGCGCUCGACGAGGUGCGGCUCGACAGCAACGCGCUCACGGGGCCGUUCUGCGACGCGCUGCUGCCGGCGCGCGAGCUCUGGCUGGGCUUCAACGACCUGGGCGGCGCGACCACCGGGAGCAGCACCAGCGCCACCGGAGGAAGCGGCGGACUCGGCGAUGCGGGGCUCGUGGGUGAGGCGGACGAGGCGGGCUCUCUGCACGGCUGCGUGCUGCCCGCGAAGCUAGAGCUUCUCAGCGCGCCGCACGCGGGGCUCCGGGGGAGCGUUCCGCCCGACCUGUUCCUGGCGACGACCGCGCAGUCGGGGCACAGGCCCUCCGUGAAAGCUGUCAACGGUAUCCAAAUGGACCUAAGCCACAACAGCCUCUCGGGCAGCCUGAAAGCUUUCGCGGUGCUACUGCCGGAGAGUUCCACGUUGGACAUGUCGCACAACGACUUCUCCGGCGGCAUUCCCGAGGCGUUUUUCACCGGCGGUUUCUCGCGCGCUGACCUGCAGUUUAACGACCUGCGGGAUCCGCUGUUCGACGCGCGCUUGGAUUCGCGGUCUCGGUUUUGGGUGUACGAAUGGGACGAGCUGCGCGUGAGCAACAACAGCGCGCGCAUGGCGGGCGCCGUGGGCGCGGGAUACCUCCCCGCGCCGGCGCCGGGCGUCCAGGCGUCCGCUGCGGAGACUGCUGCGCUGCUGGCGGUGCGCGAUGCGCUCCUGAGGGAAGCAGCGGGGGGAACAGCGGGGAGAGCAGGGGGGGCAACUGCGUUGACGGACGGCGGAAUCAGCUCGCGGGCGGAUAUACUGCGCAGCUGGGACGUGAGCAACAGCAGCGCGUGUGCGUGGUACGGCGUGGGGUGCACAGCAGACGGACACGUGGACACUCUCCAUCUAAUAGGUGCUUCCAACGUCACCCUGCACCCCAACUUCGUCCCGGAAUCGGCCGAAUGCAAGUACGACGAGGAGUCUAGAGUCAGCUCACCUCUUUACGCAUCUCCGGGCACGCUCUCUCCGGCGGCCUGCCGCCGUCCCUCUCGCGCCUCUCACACCUCGUCGCUCUCGACCUCUCCUCCAACCGCCACUGCAGCAGCAGCAGCAGCAGCAGCAGCAGGAGCAGGAGCAGCAGCACCCACCACACUGUCACCAGGUUUGGAGAGUCUAGACGUGGGGGGGAACGCCCUCUCCGGGUCCAUUCCAGCUGCCGUGAGCGCCCUCACGGGGCUGACGCGCCUGGCGCUGGACCACAACCGGCGCGCCACGGGAGCUCGGCGCGCUCUGGAUGCUCCGAGACCUGCACCUGCAGGGGAACGCCCUCCGGGGGGACGUCUCGCUGCCGCCUUCCCCUCCCCUGCUGCUGCUGCCGCCGACUCUGCUGCCUCCAGUGCGCCUGUCUUGUGGGGUCUCAGCGGGGUGUUUCCGCUGCUGACCCGUCUGGACGUCAGCAGCAACGAGCUCUUAGGCGACGCAGCCACGCUCUCCCCUCUCCCGCAAUACUUGCACACACUCAACGUCUCUCACAACCGCCUCACGUGCAGCCCCGGCAAUGCCUCCUGGAACGCGUACCACAUCGACCUCUCACACAACUGCAUUAGCGCCCCGCUGCAAAGCUUAUUUUCCAGGGACAGUCUCCAGUUUGAGGUGCUGCGCCUGUCGCACAACCAGCUGUCGGGUUCGAUUCCUGCCAUCCUCAAUUCAUACUCCAUACAGACGCUCGACCUGUCGUUCAACCAGCUGUCCGGCACCAUUCCCGAGCUUGAUGGCUCGCUGAUAACAUGUGACUUGUCCCACAACCGGCUCACUGGGAUAGUCCCCCCGGCGAAUCCUGAAAUGGAGUAUCCGAACGUGAGCUGGAACCAGCUUGACAGGAUUGCCCGAUGGAAAGAUUACGAGGGUACGGGGUUGAAGAGUCUGGACGUCUCUCACAAUGCCAUGGCUGGAAAUCUGCCGGAUUUGGGCAACAGUGAUGGGCUGAUGAGCCUGACGUAUCUGGACUUCUCCUACAAUGCGUUUACUGGCACUCUUGCGCAAACUACCUACCCGUUUUUGGAGCAAGUGACAGGCUCUCCAGGAAGUGUGCAAAGUAGCCCUGUCCCACUUGGAUCUCUCCGACAACCUGCUCUCAGGCUCGCUGCCACGCUCGCUCGCUGCUCUCCCCCCCUCACCCACCUGGACCUCUCACGCAACAAGCUCAAAGGCUCCCUGCCUGCCUUCUGCCAGGGCAAGCAGCGCCUCGCCUCUCUCCUCCUCUCCUCCAACGCUUUCUCCGGCCCCCUCUCCUCCCUCCUCCCCUCCUCCUCCUCCUGCGCCUCCUCCCUCCUCUCCCUCAAUUUCUCCACCAACCAGCUCUCCGGCUCGCUCCCCGCGUCCCUCUCACACUUCACCGCUCUGCACUCCUUACUAGCGACGCGCAACCGCAUGAGCGGCAGCAUCCCUGCAGGGCUGGCAUCGCUUACGGCCCUGAAAGAGCUGGACGUGUCAUGGAGCGGGCUGUCAGGCACCAUCCCUGCGCUGCUGCGUGCUACUGCCCCCUCCCUGCAAGUGCAGCUCGCUGGCAACGCCCACUCUGGCGCCGUCCCCCCCUCUCUCUCCGACCUGCCCACCUCCUGCUUCCGCCCCGGCAACCCCAAGCUCUGUGGGAAGCCCCUGCCUGACUGCAAGAAGCGGUCUUCCAAGCCUAGGAAGGGUCGGGUGUAG